AUGCCGUGCCGUAUAUGGCAAACUUGCGUUGAAGACGAGAUUUGCCAAGAGCUCGAGGCUCUGGGGUUGAUUGAGUCCUGGGGGUUUGCCGCCGCAGAGCCCGGGUCCAGCGACUUUGGGAAAAUCUUCGGGCCAGAUGGGCCGUGGCAGAUUGUGAGCACGGGAUCCGGCCGUCAGCCUCUUUGGGGUCCAGUCCAAGAUUGGUCCAACGGCAGCAUCUACGUCGAAAAGGUCCUGCCCAUAUCCGGGCGGGAAAACGUGGCCCAAAUGAACAUAUCCUUGGCGGUCCUCGAUAACGAGGCGGCACAUGAGCGCGCUGAAAUCUGCCGGCUACAUCAGAUCCGAGUCGUUUGGGCUUCAUAUGGGCAGAGUGGCCCUCGGGCAAAGGGGAAGCAUGGUGCUGGGUGGCUACGACCGGUCCGCGCGUUGGCAUGCACCGACCCCUAG